AUGGCGGCGACGGCGAUCGAGAUGGACGCCGUGCGUCUCGCCCGGGCGUUCGCCGGCGUCGCGCGCGCGGCGCGGAGACCGGCGAGGACGAUGAUGUCGCGCGCGAUGUCGAGGGCGGUGCCGGGGACGGGGGCGACGGCGUGGGACGGGACGCGGGCGUACGCGACGCGCGCGGUCGGAGAGACGAUGAAGGCGUAUAAACCCACGUCGCCGGGACAGCGGGGACGGAUCACGACGUCUCGAUCGAUGCUGUGGCGUGGACGGCCGCUGAAACGAUUGACGGUUGGGUUGCGGAAGCGAGGUGGGCGGAAUAACGCGGGGAGGAUCACGGUGUGGCACAAGGGCGGCGGACACAAGCGUUUGUACCGGGUGAUUGAUUUUAAACGCGAUCUCACCGGGGUGCGAGGGACGAUUCGACGGUUGGAGUACGAUCCGAAUCGCUCGGCGCACAUCGCGCUGGUGGAUUACGAGGGAGGGAACGCGUCGAGGUACGUGUUGGCGCCGCACGGGUCGACGCCGGGGGACGCGCUCGAGAGCGGGCCGGAGAGCGAUAUCAAGGUUGGGAACGCGUUGCCGUUGAAGAAUAUCCCGUUGCAAACGACGAUUCAUAACAUCGAGCUCGUUCCGGGUCGAGGCGGGCAGCUGUGUCGAAGCGCCGGGUCCGCGGCGACGUUGGUGAAGAAGGCGGACGACGGCGGCUAUUGCGUCGUUCGCCUUCCCUCGGGCGAACAGCGCUUGGUGUUGGAGAACUGCAUGGCGACGAUCGGGAUGCUCUCGAACCGCGGGCAUCAGAAUCGGAACAUCGGCAAGGCUGGGGCGAAUCGAUGGCGAGGCAUUCGUCCAACGACGCGCGGCGUGGCGAUGAACCCCAUCGAUCACCCGCACGGCGGCGGCGAGGGCCGAACCUCGGGCGGCCGUCCGAGCGUCACUCCGUGGGGCGUGCACACCAAGGGUCAUCGCACGCGUAACAAUAAGCGCACCGAUGCCUUCAGAGUGAGCCGUCGUCCGCGAAACCGCAAGCGCUACAAGGAUUGA